UUUCAAGUUUGACUUGACGAUGUUCAUUGACGUGCGAUGUGCACAUAAUUGUAGUGCUGCGUACUAGAUGAAAGUUUAUUAAACAUAGAUGCUACUUGUUAGAAAUUAACGUGUUAAAUUUUUCUGUUAAACAUGGCGCCGAAUUUCAGUAAAAUCACAAGUAGGACCGAUGUUAAAAUCGCCCUCGCAGCAUCCGCGGCAAUCGGAGCUUGGGCGAUUAAAAAUGCGCUCCAAUCAAGUCAAAGUAAACGAGUUAGACCAGGCCGUUUAUCGCCCGAAGAGCAGAUUCAAUAUAUGAUAAAGGAGAGACAUAAAAAGUCACCUAAAGCUCAAGUGGAUGCCAGAUUUUUUGCUGAACUGAAGGCGUUAUGGAAGAUUAUGGUGCCAGGGUUUUGGUCGAAGGAAAGUGGUUUCAUGGCACUGAUCGCCUUCUCGCUGAUAGCGAGGUCCAUGUGCGAUCUGUGGUUGAUCCAGCAUACUACUCUAAUAGAGGGGGCUAUUAUCACAAUGAACAAGCAGGAGUUCAAGACCAGAUUGCUGCAGUUCUUUGCCGCAAUGCCAUUGAUAUCAAUAGUCAACAAUGUAUUGAAAUGGAGUAUAGGAGAAUGUAAAUUAAGAAUACGGACAAACUUAUCACUAUAUUUAUACCAGCAAUACAUGAAAGGUUUCACUUACUACCAAGUGACGAACCUGGACAACCGGAUAUCGAACGCGGACCAACUGCUCACCACGGACAUAGACAAGUUCUGCGAGACCGUCGUGGACCUGUACAGCAACAUCAGCAAGCCGAUCCUGGACAUUGGCAUCUAUCUGUACAGGCUUACCGUUAAUCUGGGCGUCAGUACUCCUGGAAUAAUGAUGGCCUACCUAUUGGUGUCAGGAGUGUUCCUGACAUACCUCAGAAAGCCUACAGCUCGUCUCACCGUACAAGAACAAAAACUAGAAGGCGAAUUUAGAUAUGUUAACUCCAGGCUCAUCACGAAUUCGGAAGAAAUCGCUUUCUAUCAGGGAAACCACCGCGAACAGCUGACAGUUCUGGCGAGUUUCUACAAGCUGACGCGGCACCUGCGGAGCUUCCUCAACUUCCGCGUCGCUAUGGGCUUCAUAGACAACAUCAUCGCCAAGUAUGUCGCGAUCACUGUCGGAUUCUACGCGGUGUCGCGACCUUUCUUCGUCUUGGACCACAACCUGCUCACUACGGGGACCGACAACGACAGGUUUAAGCACUACUACACGUACGGGCGCAUGCUGGUAAAGAUGGCUGAAGCCAUCGGCCGCCUUGUCCUCUCUGGACGGGAGUUGAGCAAACUGGCCGGUCUCACGUCGAGAGUGACGCAGCUGCGAACUGUUUUGUCUGACGUGAACCAGGGGAAGUACACCAGGACCAUGGUGGGGCAGGUGGAGAACGGGAACGGCGGUAAGUGUCCAGUAAACAUGUGCUGCCAGGCCACGGGGUAAACUGGCCGGUCUCACGUCGAGAGCGCGGGCCGCAUCAUCUACCAGGACAAGAUCAUCCGCUUCGACCGCGUGCCGCUCGUCACGCCCAACGGCGACGUGCUCAUCAAGGAGCUCUCCUUCGAAGUCAAGUCAGGAAUAAACGUGCUGGUAUGCGGACCCAACGGAUGCGGCAAGUCAUCCAUGUUCCGUAUGUUGGGUGAACUGUGGCCCAUCUUCGGAGGCACUCUCACGAAGCCGCCCAAGGGCAAGCUAUUCUACGUCCCGCAGAGGCCUUACAUGACCUUAGGGACCCUUAGAGACCAGGUGAUCUACCCUCAAACUAGGGAUGAGAUGGUCCGCCGCGGCCGCACGGACGCUCAGCUGAACAGGUUCCUGGAGAUCGUGCAGCUGGCGUACCUGACGAGCCGCGAGGGCGGCUGGGACGCCGUGGAGGACUGGAUGGACGUACUCUCCGGCGGCGAGAAGCAGAGAAUAGCUAUGGCCCGUCUGUUCUACCACGAGCCGCAGUUCGCCAUCUUGGAUGAGUGCACCAGCGCUGUGUCUGUAGACGUCGAGGGUCAGAUGUACCAAUACUGCAGAGAGAUGGGUAUAUCUCUCUUCACGGUAUCUCACCGCAAGUCUCUAUGGAAGCACCACGACCACUACCUCCAGAUGGACGGCCGCGGUGGCUACGUAUUUGAGGAGAUAGACGGCGACACGCAGGAAUUUGGAUCGUGAACUUUAUUAUAAUGAUGAGACGAUUCGAAAUGGCUUGGCGGUGAAAUGGUGCUUUAGUUGCGAAUGGCAAAUCGUUUCUACGCGACUACUUG